AGUUCAGUGUUCACUUCCUUGCAUUGCCAGUUACCAGUGAAGCGAAAAAGAGAGAGAAGUGAUGGAGGAGGAUGGCGAGUGGGUGGUGGUGCGGCGGCCGCUGGAGAAGGACUGGUGGAAACCGAGUUUGAUGGAUGACAAGGACGACGAUGAUGAUGGAGAGAGUUCUAGUUUGAAGAUUACUUUUGGUGGACCGGCGAAGUACUGGACGGAUGCCAUUCCCAUUGGAAAUGGCCGCAUUGGUGCCAUGAUCUGGGGCGGUGUUGCAUCUGAAACUCUGCAGCUCAAUGAUGAUACACUCUGGACUGGAACCCCUGGAAAUUAUACUAACCCUAAUGCUCCAGAGGCACUAUCAGAGGUCAGAAAACUUGUUGAUAAUGGAAAGUAUGCAGAAGCUACUACAGCAGCGGUCAAGUUAUCAGGAAACCCUUCUGAUGUUUACCAACUUCUUGGUGAUAUCAAGUUAGAAUUUGAUGAUUCCCAUCUGAAAUAUGAUGAGAAAACUUACCACAGAGAGCUUGACUUGGAUACUGCCACAGCGAGAGUAAAAUAUUCUGUGGGUGACGUAGAAUACACAAGGGAACAUUUUGCUUCUAAUCCCGAUCAAGUGAUUGUGACAAAGAUUUCUGGAAGCAAAUCAGGUUCUGUAUCAUUUACAGUGUCUCUAGACAGCAAGAUGCAUCCUCAUUCUUAUGUAAAAGGUGAAAAUCAGAUUGUAAUAGAUGGAAGUUGUCCUGGGAAAAGGAUACCUCCAAAACUGAAUGCCAAUGAAAAUCCUGAGGGAAUUCAUUUUACUGCAAUUCUCAAUUUACAAAUUAGUGAAGGAAAAGGAAUGAUACAUGUUUUGGAUGGCAAGAAAUUGAAGGUGGAAGGUUCAGACUGGGUAGUUUUACUGUUAGCGGCUUCAUCUUCAUUUGAUGGGCCAUUUACUAAGCCUAAUGAUUCCAAGAAGGAUCCUACUUCAGAGUCCCUCAGUGCUUUGAAUUUAAUAAGAAAUUUGUCAUAUAAUGAUUUAUAUGUGCGUCAUUUGGAUGAUUAUCAGAAUCUCUUUCAUCGUGUCUCGCUUAAGCUUUCAAAAAGCUCAAAGAGCAAUUUAGGAAAUGGACCUCUGGAUAUGAAGAAACUCAUGGCUUUUAAAUUUAAUUCAUUCUUCAAGGGAAGUGAAGAUGAAAUCAUUUCAACUGCAGAAAGGGUGAAAUCUUUUCAAACUAAUGAAGAUCCAUCCUUGGUGGAGCUUUUAUUCCAGUAUGGUCGAUAUUUGCUUAUUUCUUCUUCACGUCCUGGAACUCAGGUGGCAAAUUUGCAGGGUAUAUGGAAUAAGGACAUUGAGCCUCCAUGGGAUGGUGCUCAACAUCUGAACAUUAAUCUGCAAAUGAACUAUUGGCUGGCCCUUCCUUGCAAUCUUCGUGAGUGUCAAGAACCCUUGUUUGACUACACGUCUUCUCUAUCAAUCAAUGGGAGUAAGACAGCAAAAAUUAACUAUGAAGCAAAUGGUUGGGUGGUUCAUCAAGUGUCAGACAUAUGGGCAAAAACAUCACCAGAUAGAGGUGAAGCUGUGUGGGCUUUGUGGCCAAUGGGUGGAGCCUGGCUUUGUACACACUUGUGGGAGCAUUAUACUUACACCAUGGACAAAGUUUUUUUAAAAAAUAAGGCAUACCCUUUGUUGGAAGGAUGUACAAAAUUUCUGUUGGACUGGUUGCUUGAAGGGCCUGGAGGAUAUCUAGAAACUAAUCCAUCAACUUCCCCGGAACAUAUGUUUAUUGCUCCAGAUGGUAAACCUGCUAGUGUGAGCUACUCAACAACCAUGGACAUGUCAAUCAUUAAAGAAGUAUUCUCUGCAAUUGUUUCUGCAGCAGAGGUUUUGGGAAUACAUGAGGAUGAACUUGUUCAAAAAGUCCGAGAGGCUCAACCAAGACUUUUACCGACAAAAAUUGCCAGAGAUGGUUCCAUUAUGGAAUGGGCUCAGGAUUUUGAGGACCCAGAGAUUCAUCAUCGACAUGUGUCUCACCUCUUUGGCCUGUUUCCAGGACAUACUAUAACUGUUGAGAAAACUCCAGACCUCUGUAAAGCUGCUGACUAUACCCUUUUCAAAAGAGGAGAGGAAGGUCCUGGAUGGUCAACCAUGUGGAAAGCUGCUCUGUGGGCACGUCUACACAACAGUGAGCAUGCAUACCGAAUGGUCAAGCAUCUAUUUGACCUGGUUGAUCCAGAAAAUGAAAGUAAAUAUGAAGGAGGUCUAUAUAGUAACUUGUUCACCGCACACCCUCCUUUUCAAAUUGAUGCCAACUUUGGUUUUUCAGCAGCAAUUGCAGAAAUGCUGGUCCAGAGUACAGUUAAGGACUUGUACUUACUUCCGGCCCUUCCUCGAGAUAAAUGGGCUAACGGUUGUGUCAAAGGGUUGAAGGCACGUGGUGGGGUGACAGUCAACAUAUGCUGGAAAGAAGGUGAUCUUCAUGAAGUUGGUCUUUGGUCAAAGGAACACAAUUCUCUUAAACGAUUACAUUAUAGAGGAACUGUCGUGGAUGCACAUAUUUCAUCUGGUAGAGCAUACACAUUCAAUAGACAGUUAAGAUGCAUAGAGACAUACUAUCUAUCAGAAGCGGCUUCUUGUUGAAUCGUGCGUUCAAGUAGGUCUUAGAAAGGGCAUUAUUUGGAUCUUCCCUAAUAAUUUGAGGAAUGAACUAGGAAUGCUUUAUUUAUCUGUUAUUCUUUUUCUAAUCCUGAUUCUGGGCAAAUAAGCAAUUAGUCUUGAGGUUUGGUUGAAGAGAAUCUGCUAUGUAUACAUUUUUCUUGUUAGUUACUGUAAAGACAAUUGUGUCCAAAUGGAUUGAAAGAUUUAUGACCA